AUGCGGUUCAAUUAUGAAGAGUUGUGUAAUAUUGACUCCCCGGAAUGGCAUGACGAAGACGAAUACACGGUUAUUGGCGGCGACGAUGAGCAUGUUCCACAGCUGAGGCUUCCUAGGCAUGUAAAAAGGGACACAGUACCCAGUGACAGUAUAGGAGUACUUGAUUCAGGUUUGGCUGAGCUGAUGAAUGAACUAGACUUGGGCUCAAAGAUUCCCGGCCCAAGCAGAUUGAAACCAGGAAUAUGGCGAAAAAGGACAAAAUCACUGAGCAAAUCAGAGAGUAAGCCUUUCAACCCAACACCAGCGAGGCACAGCUAUGAACCCGAAAUGUUUUUAAACUUACGCGAAUCUCUCGCGAAGAGUAUACUGAUGAAGCUAGAGACACUAGAAAGGGACAAUGCAGAGAGAGUGCAAGAGGUCAAAAACGAAAAAGAGCGCAUUCGGAUGGAGCAGCAGAGAAUUGAGGAGGAGCAGAAGCGAAAAGCCGAAGAGCAAGCGAGAAUCAGGCGAGAGGAAGCCGAGAAGCUGCGACAAAGGGCCGAAAUGGAGCGGAAGCAGCAGCUUGAAGAACAAAAGCGCAAAGAAGCGGAGCGAAAGCGACUAGAAGAAGAGAGACGUAAACAAGAGGCAGCGGAGAAAGAGCUCAAGGCCCAGGAGGAAGCGAAAAAGGUUUUUGGGCUCACUAAUUUCUCAAAAGUUGAGGAUUUCUUCAAACACUACAAACAUAGGAUCAAAGCAAUCAAAUCCGAGAUUGUUGAGCCUGUCAAAAAAGACACGAGCUUGAAGUCUAUUCUGUCAAAGCAUAAACGCAAAAUCAACCCUAAAUUUGGACAGCUUACCAACAGCGAACAACAUUUGGCAACCAUCUUUUCAGAGCUCUCCUCACUGGUAGAUGAGACAAAAGCAAACCAGCUCGGAUACCAAUGGAUUUUGAACUUCAUCGCUAAAGCUCUAGUCUCGCAGGCCGAAACAGAGGUUAGGGUUAAACCCGAGAGUGCCCUGCCUCUCGGAAAGUUAGCUCUCAAUUUGCUUGCUAGAUAUCCCGAACUCCUGGAUUUCUUGAUGGCGCGUUUCGUCAAAAAGUGCCCACUUGUUAUAGGCUUCACCUGUAACAUUAACUCAGAAGAAGGAAGAUAUAAGAUGGGAUGGAAAAGGGCCCAGAACGAUACCUGGGAAGAAGAAACAUCGUAUGAUGAACGAAUGGGGGGCAUAACUACUCUGUUUUCUGUGAUUACGCGUCUCCCGCUUCCUCUAGAAAUUAUUUCGUCCCAAGCUCACCCUCUACCUAUUGUGCAUUCCUGGCAGAUGCUUGCUCGCAUUGCCAAUACUCAUACAGACCUAUUGACCAACACUCACUUCGUGGUUUUAGGAUCCUGGUGGGACGCUGCAGCCGCCCAAUUCGUACAGGCUUACGGAAACCAGGCGCGGAAACUUAUGAGUCUUCUCACCAACGACUUGACAAAUGCUGUUGCAGAGCGCAAGUAUGUUGGGGCCGCGAGGCUUCGUAUUCUGUCAGAGGAUUAUGAGACUUCGGGCACUCUAAAGUCGUUCCCCGAAAUGAAUGCGUAA